AUGCAAUCUCCAAUUUCAUCAUCUUGCAAGAAGGGGGAGCAAGAUGUUACUCAAACUAGGCAGGAAGCUAAAGGAAUCGAUUUAUUAACACCACCACAUUCAUCAGCUGAAACAGAAACAAAAUCGGUCACAAAACCACUCAAUUCAACUGCUUCUUCACCAAACCACCACGACUAUUAUCAUCAAGCACACUUAAGUAAAGCACAAUUCAACUCAAUUUUGGUCAAUUGUGCUACUAAUUUGUUAAAGAUUUUGUACUUUAAGCAAAAUCACCACACUUGCGACACCAAACAGGUGAAACAAUUUAUUAUUGAGAUUCUCAAACGUUCCAAAACCUCAAUUCAAUCUUUACAAUUGGCUUGCUUUUACAUUUACAAGUUGAUAAUCACCAACAACGCAAAUUUGCCAAUUAAAUGCCAACACUUGUUUCUUGGAUUAGUUAUUAUUGCAUCUAAAUUCAACCAAGAUUACAACUAUUCGUUCAAAUCAUGGUGUAAGAUUAUUGGAUUGAAUGAGGAGCCUAAACAUAUUAAACACUUACGUGAAGUUGAAAUUCAAGUGCUUAGUUUGUUGAAUUACGAAUUGGGUUUAAUGGGUGAGAAAUACGAAAAUUGGUGCAAUGUUUUAUUCAUUUUUGGCUACGACUUUAUCAAGUAUCAAAUCAUCAAACAAAACUCAUCAAAUGGUGACAUUUUCUCCAAUGAUAUAAUUUGGGACUUGGAUGUGUCAUCCUAUUCUUCCAAAUUGAUCAAAUGGUGGCAAUUUUUCCAAGAUUUGAAAAUUGAUAAUUUGAGAAUCGUUAGGAUUAGAUUUGAAUCGUAUUUCACUCAACAAUUGAAUGAAAAAGUGUUCAUAGUUCAAGAUGCAACUAAAAAGAGAUGCAGGGAUGAUGAUGAUGAUGUAACUGUUACUUUAUUCAAUAAUAUCAAGAAAAUUAAAGUUUAA